AUGACGUCCCGCGAAGAAGCCGUCCUCCUUCCCAUCGAUCCCUCCAUCACCGAUGAGAAUGAUUGGUGGGAAUUCAGCCUGACCGAUGUGAAGGUCAUGAAACCGGGGAAGAUGCUCUAUGCGAACCUUCUGGAUGCUAGCGAGCAGAAUCCAGUGCAAGUGAUCGGUGUGCUGGAGCAAGUUCCCAAGUCCCAGACACAUCUGGUGCGCGAGGACAACGAGCUUCCGAAACGCAUGAUUAUCGACGACGUUACACACUAUGCCUACGGUCAAACCGAAGAUAAAAGCAUCGAGCUUUGGGUUGCCGGUAAGGCGGGAUGGUACGACAUCAGUCUGCCCGCCAGAGGCUUCGUGCCUACAUACAACCGCAUGGUCCAGGCCAUUGACAUGCUUUACUUCCUGAUUGAUAGACAUCAGCAAGGGAAGAAACAAAUCAACCCUUCCUUUCGGAGUCUUUGUGAACAGUAUGUCUACCAUUCGUAUGGCGGAUGUGAAGAUCGUCAGCAAUCAGCCGAGGUUUUCGGAACACAUGCUUCCUUCUUGUUGCGCUGUAUGAUCCAAGGCGACGGAGACGUGGACUGGAAGUCUACGAAUGUCUUUGUUCAUUUACGGCGCCAAUUCAAUGAUGAAUAUAAACAGCUCAUGGAGGAGCUCUUUCCCUCAUCCGAUGACGAAGAGGAUGCAUCCAAGGAUGAACCUGAAGUGUCAACCCCACGACACGACCCCGCUGCAAUCUCAAAGUCACAAGCCGAUGCCGUUUACCAAUUACUUAAGGACCUCAGACAAGAAGGUCACUUGGCAAAGCGUCGGCUGCAUCUCGACCUUCUGACAGAACGCUUGGCUUCCCGAUUUUCUUUCAGCAACGAUGACGCCGAAAAGAUCAUUGCAAUCAGAGCAUCUGCUGUCCUCGAAAUGAUGGAAGAAGAAGACACACCCGGCUUCAGAUGGUCUCGCUAUGUCAUCCAUCGAGAACUCACAAACGCAGCCUCGAAAUCCGUCCCUCUACCUCGAGAACUCUUAACACCGUUGAAUCCACUAGAGGAAUCCAGCGAUGACGAACGUUAUGGCCGAACCCAGAAAUCCGUGCUACGUCCCAAAAUGAACUCAAUCUCUAACAAAGUCACCGGCAAGCGGAACCGCAACGCCUCCACAAACCAACAAACAAUCGAAUCCAAUGACGAAGACGAAGACGAUCUAGAUGACAUGGAUGAAGAUGAAAUCGAAACGCCCAGCAAAACCCGUGGCCAUGAAUUGAUCAGGGAUCCCUUCUCAACCUCAAGACCUCGGACCCGUUCAUUCCUAUCCGCCUCCAGUAGCGUUGGUUCCAGCACUCUCAUGAAGAGCCUAUUCAAAGACAACAUUCCGAAAUCAUCCGCAGCUACAUCUGCGCGUACUGCAAAAUCAAAACCAAAGCCAGAUCCAAUCUCAGUCCCUAUCCCCACCCCUGAGUCCUCGCAAAUACUCGAUGGAUCCGGCGACGAGUCCGACUCUGAUACAUGGGUCUGCCGCAUGCCUGGAUGUGAAAAGGUGAUUACAAACAGCAACAGAGAAGAGCGCAAGAAGGUCAUCGGUGACCAUGCCGGCGAGCACGAAUGGGAAAUGCAGAUGAAGGUUGAAUUAAUGGAGACGGAGAGACGGAUGCAUUCCGCUUUCCCUGUUAGUAAUCUCAUGCAAUACGUCGUCGACCAGCAUGUUCAGCAGAUGCGAACUGCUUUCCCGGAGAUGUAUUCUGCGCCCCAGAACGGUGGCCAAGAAAACGGCUUGGGCCGGGCCCUGGAUGCUCCCUCUAGAAAUGGAGAUUCCACGCCUGAAAGUCAGGAUUCAGAAGAUGAGGAGAUUGAAGAUCUUGUGAAUGGCAAUUCCUGA